CACUGAGAGGUGGCACGGAUUGGCAGCACUAAUAGGUGGCACUGACUGGCAUUGAUAGGUGGCACUGACAGGUGACACUGAAAGGCAGCUCAGAUGAGCACGGAUAUGUGGCAUUGAUGUGCACUGGUAGGCACUGAUAUGUGGAAUUGACGUAGCACUGAUGAGCACUGACAGCUGGCAUUGAUGGACACUGACAGGUGGCACUGCUGGGGCUACACUGAUCAUCAGGGCACACUGAUGAUCAGUGCCCUGAUGAUCACUGUCAGAGUGACAGCUCAUGAGGAGAGAAAUGCCGAUAACCGGCAUUUCACUAUUUACAUGAGAUCA